AUGAUGUACGGUGGAGCACGCACGAAGAACACACACAAUGCCAAUCAUCGUGUCUUCAUCAAGAAAUACAAACGCAAUGCAUUUCCAAAUAGAACACGACACCAUUGGGCCGUCUCUAUGACGGGUGUACUCGGUCAACGUCCGCGCCGCAUGCCGUGGCCGUAUGAUUUGACGUCGCUGAUCUUUAACCAACCUCGGCAGGGGUCAGACAAGAUUGGGUACGUGGUGGGCACAAGCAUGUUGAAGACGGCUGUGGUGGCCGCAAAUCACAUGGUGUAUUACCCUAAGUUUAACCAACGUGUCUCGCGUACGAGCCGUUUUUUUGCUCAUGAUGAAGACUUGGCAUGCGUCGAAGGGGACUUGGUGCACAUCAAACAGUGCCGGAAGAUAUCAAAGUACAAGCACUACUAUGUUUUUAGUAUUUUGGAGCCAAAUAUUGAGGGCCGUGAGCGGCUAAAAUUAGGGCUAAAGGCUGUGCCGCCUCCCUUGUUUGGGUACCCCGUCUCACGACGAAUCGUAAAGUUGAACCUGACAAAUACGGAGGGUACCAAGGAGAAGCUUGCUGCGGUAAUACAAGAGCAUGUGCAGGAUGCUUACAGGUUUGCUGGGCCCACUCCAGAUCAGCCACGAAAUUGUCUGACAGAUUCGGCAACGUUUGACGAUGCAAAUAACAUGAUUGCACCCAAUGCUGCAGCAACACCGGCGUCUCUGGAGGGUGAGGAAAACCCAUCACUGUUAGGAGACAAGGAGGAGUACACGGAGGUGGAGCAAGAUACACGGAAUAAGAAGGGUGAUGACUACUGGAUGAAUCUGCAGCCCAAGGAGAAGUACGAUUUCAAGGGGUUCAAAAAGUCCCCUUAG